GGUAAACACCAGAGGACCUCGGGGCCUUUAAGGUGAACACUGGUCUUACUUUAACAGUUAACACUACUGAAGGGUUUAUAAGGUGAUGAAUUCAUAAAGACAACAAGUUAAUUGAUAACCUCUUUAGAAUUAACCCAGUGAUUGGUGAAUAUAUGCACCACUCUGUGAUAGUACAGCAUAACUUGAGAGAUUAAGAACUGAAAAAUGAUGGCAACUCUUCCUCCACGCAAGAACCCAACUCCAACAAAAAUAUUACGGCAACAUUUAUCACCUCUUCAGAUCCUUUUGCAGAUGGGAUUUCCAAAACACCGGGCGGAAAAGGCGCUCUCAGCUACUGGUCAUCGGGGUGUUCAGCUUGCAUCUGAUUGGUUACUUGCCCAUGUAAAUGACACAACCUUGGACCUUGACUGCCCUCGAGAGUAUGUGGUAUACAUGUGUCCUACAGGUCCCCUCCAAGAACAGAUUCAAAACUUCUGGGAGGAGUCUCUUCAGAAGUGUGGGUGGAAUGGAGCACAUAAUUUGGUACCACACAUCACCCUCUGCUCCUUUUUUAAAUCUGGGGAUGAGAACUGUGAGGGGCUGGUCGCAGCUCUGAAGGAAGUCGUACACAGCAUCAUGCCCUCCCUUCCCUCCAGCCUAACACUUGACAAGUAUAUAUCACCCAACUACAUGGGCCUUUUUUUAAAUGACCAGCAAGCAGACAUUCUUAAGAAACUUGCUGUUACAUAUGUAAAGGAAGUAGCUCAUAUGUUUGAAGCUGGGUGUUACGACAAACUGGAGGUGAUGGCAGCAUGUCUGCCCUGGUGCACAGGAACUACUUUGGCUCAAGAAUACUGUACCACAGGUGAGGCAGCUACUAAAGCCUUGCACCUCACUUUAGCGUACCAGUUCCCACCGUCACAAUUUUCUCGUCUUGAAUCUCUGGUGGACAUAGUGGACCCUAGAGCACCAUCAGCUUGGGAGGUGCGGCUGUAUUCGAGGGACACAAGAAUAGUUGGGAAUGAGGUACUGCCAAAGGUUGCCACAUUUACUAUACCACCUCUUUUAUACUGCUUGCGAUUGUUAAUAUGUCUGUUGUAGCAAAAUCUUUUUAUGUGUAUGGAUUUAGGUUUUGUACUUUAUCAUUAACAUUUAUAACUUGCAUGUUCUGUCAUCUUGCAUCCACUUCUCAAGAAUUUUGCAUGGUUAUUCUUUUACCAGUUGUAUGUACAUACGCUCCAAAAUGUAUCAUUAUGAUUUUGUGUGAGACAAUAUGACACAACGAAUGAAGGAUUUUGACAAUCCUACCAAUACAACAGGAGUUACAGGGUUCAUUUUAAAUUUAUCAAACCCAUCCAUAAAGAUUCUUUUUGGAGUGUGUGUACAGUCACCCACAAAAGUCCUGUCGCUUCUCCUCCAAAGUAUUUGUGGAUAGAAUAAUGCAUCAGUGUCUACUGCUUCGGGUUCAUGAGUCUGAGUCUCAGGGUUCAUGGAACAGCAGAAGAGAUAACAGGACUUUGGUGGGUGACUGUACAUUUAAUAUAACCUGAUGGUAAUGUAUUGUUAUAAUUGUACAUUAGGAUUGAGUACAGGUAAAUCUAUUUAAUCAGAAAGUUGAGGGGAUUAAAUAACCGACCCCUGAGUGAGAUCUAGUAAAAUACAGGAAUAAGAUAUAGAAAUUAGAUAAUCCUUCACCUUCAUACCAGAUUCCAUAAGGGUACCACUGGCCUGAAGGUACACUGUGAAGAGAGAAGAUUUAGAUCCAGUUGUAUGUCACCCAAAGUGGCUUUGCUCAGCACCUGUUAAGUGUGAUUUUAAGCAGUACAGUACCCAGUGUGUAAUGUUGUCAUCUAGUUCUAGAUGUUAGUUUUAUAUACACACAGAAGUUAUAUAUUUCAGUGUACGUAUGAGUAUUUAAUAUGCUUAACGACCCAAGUUGCAUUUUAGUGAACAAGUUGGUUGUGGGACCAAUACCCCAAGGCACUUGUCAUAUAUUUUCUUAGCAAGUAAAACAGCUUAUAUUUCAUCAGAUAAUUGUAUGCUAAAUCUGGGAUUUGGCCUGAAACAAAUAGGGGUACAGUGCAGUACAGCUCCUCCCCGACUUACGACCGGGUUAAGACCCAAAUUCUGGUCGU